AUGGAUCGCUACCGGCAACGACACCCACUCGGCCCCCAGAUCCAUGCCGUUCCGGACAACGAGAAAGCUUUCGAUGCGUCUGGGAAGAAGCUGCCUUGGGCCUACGAAAGUAUCUCCACCUCCAUUCCGCUCAACGACGGCAACGAGCGGACGAGUCGCGAAGCAGCAGAGAAGGGCCCUUUCGGCAAACGCACAGGCUCGAGGAGGAAUACGAGUAGGAGUCGCAGUAAGACUGCUGAACCGCACAAGGCGGAGGAUGUAGCUAGGAAGGAGCAGCUGGUGAGCGAGGAGAGGGUGUUUGGGAGUCUUAGGAGGGUGGUACGGGAGGAUAGUGGAAGGGGCGAGGGAGGCGAUGGCGAAACACAGCAGGCUGUUCCUGCAGCAGCUCUGGCAGCGGUGAAGAACGACGGCAUGGGCGAAGCGACGGAGACGCUGAUUCAUGGGUUUGGAGAGGAUCUACAAUGGUCUGCCAUAGAUUUCUACGAGCGCGUCUCCGGCGGCAUAGUCCUCGAAGACUACGACCGCACACCACCGAAUCAAUACCAGGCCUACGAUCCAACACACUCCUACGCUCGUUCCACACUCACGAGAAGUGUCAGCAAAGCAGCGCUACGAAAGAAGAACAAAUACGCCGGCGGCGAACACUGGAUCAAGAUCACAUUUUCCUCGCGAGAAGCCGCCGAGUUGGCGGUGGCGAGAAGUCCGCAUAUCAUCAAAGGCCAUCUGGUUUACGCUGAGCCCUGGCAAGGCCGUGGGCCUGGGAAGGAUGAGGCGGUCUUGGCUACGCAGGCUGGCGCCCAGGUUGUCGAUGAUGUGCUGCCGCCUACUUUCGCUACCACGAAUGGGUUCAUCGAGGGCGUGGAGGGGAGUCCGCAGAGCUCCAAUACGAUGACUUCUGCUACGGUCGAGAGGGAAGUGAAUGGAUUUGCUUCGCGGACAGGUGGUACAGGGCAGCAACCUUUCUGGUCGCAGGGGUCGACUGCUGUAGCGAGUUCGGGGAACGACCUCACGCGUUCGCAAUCAAGGGGAGGAAGUCAGAUGCUGCAGCGUACGGGGACUACGCGACUUCGUGGUGCGCAGCUGGCGACAUUACUUCCGGCUGAGCAGGCGCUUAUGCCCAAACAGCACAAGCAAUCUUGGAGUGCGUGGCUGGGUGCAAGCGAGCUCAUUGGAACUACUGUGCCAAGACGAGAGGAUGGGAAGUUUGAUUGGGAGCGGGCUAGUCUGUAUUGGAGGCUUUUCUGGUGGCUGGAUGGGUUGUUCGGGACGGAUUUCUGUGGUGUCAAGGGCGACGAGUGA